AGAAACAAAGGGGGGAAAAAGGCUGGAAUGGAACUCAUGAGGUCAUCCAGGCCAACCCCCUGCUCAAGGAAGGAUCAUUCCUGACUAAACUAUUCCAUGCAAGUGCUCACUUAACCUAUUUCUAUAACUAUACAAGCAAUCUUGUCACACAACUACAAGGCAUAUUGCCCCCAAACCCCAAGAGCACCUUAACCUAGCACAGGUAAAGCAAGGGAACAUAAAAUUGAGAAGUAGAGAAUUUGUUAUAAUUUGUGCAAGGAAAUGUUAGUAUCUUCUCCCCUCUCAGGUAGUUAUCCAAGAAAAGAUAAUUGACAGCAUGCAUCUAUAACCUCUCAUUUAUCUGAAACGAAAUUUCACAAUAUCACUCAGUUUGACCUCUUGGUAUGCAAACAGAGAUGCCCUGUUCCAUAUACAGAGCCAAGUUCACCCCAUGCAGGUCAGAAAUACUGUUAUUGACUCCAGCAGGUUUAAUUACAGCAGGCUUGAAUUUGGCCUACUAAAUAUCUAGUAUUGGUGAGACAGCAGGAACAACCUACAUAAAUGCACAAAGUGCCAACAGGUAUCUGUUGCCAUUGUGAAUUAGCUCCCACAGGAGGGACUUCCGGAGGUAAAGAUGCCUCUUGAAAUUCAAUGCAGGUUGCCAAUCUUACCCUACUAAUAGGUUUUGAGCCCUGUUGGAACUGGUAUAGCACCUGAGCAGAUGUAAUAUUAUUUAAUCCAACUGUGAUGAGUUAGGGAAGAGCAGGGGAAAGGUCCAAUGCCAGAAUGUCAGAACUGAAUUUUCAAUACUGAGAUAAAUAGGCCUUUAUAUAUUAGUGUUACUCAAAUCUGAACGAAGUAAAAAGAAAAGAAAAGGAGAAACUGGCUUCUGAGACAGUAUAAGGAAGGGUUUAAUUAAUAAAUAAAAACGUAAAGGAUGUGCAUAUAAUACACUAUAAUGAAGACUUCAAUCCUUAUUCAGCAGCUGUCACUAUUGUCACAGCAUUGGACCUCUUUGUUACAACAUUUGGACAAGUUACAAAUAGCUACCAGUGCCUCAUAAAAAUAAUUCAAUGGUACUGUCUUAUUUUUCUGUGUACUGGUUACAUACUAAAUGCCAAAGUCUAUCGUUUAUAGUAAGCCAAGGUGAACAGUAAGAUUUUCUGCGCCAGAUUCAGAAGUGUAUCUGAAAGAGGGUUUAAGAAGCUGUUAUUUGCAUCAUCUUUUGAAAGGAUAAGAAAGGUUGUCCUCCCCCUAGGACAAAAAGAUAGCAUGGCUAUCUGUCUUUUUGAUUGAUUCUAAUGGUUGUAAAUGAUUUUCAUAGCUAAAUCAUACUGCAAGUAGUGCAUAUAUCUUGGAUGGUUAGCAGUUAAGGAUUUAUGCUUUAUUAAAAAAAUCUGAGGACAUCCUUAAAGAAAAGUAGCAAGAUAGGAUUUAGUUAAAAGAGUAAAGGAAAGAGAGAAAAUGGCUUGCAGUUGUUUUUUUUUUUUAGUUUGGCAAUCUUAUAAUUCCUUUCCAGCUAGUUUCUACCAAGUCUUGUAAGGCCAAAUUAGAUGAACUAGUAGAAUCCUGUGCUAUACUAUUUGGUAGAAAGUAACAAGGAUUACAUUGAAAUAAAGCCAAAUAAGCCUGCUAAGAAAUUAAUUCCUAUUCAUGACUUAUUAUGUCUGUUUAAAUGGAAAAUUACAUACAUUGAGUGAAAUUGGGGUAAGACAUUAAUUUAGAUGACCAUAUUCCCUCAUAUUAUUGUAUUUUUUUCAUUUAAUUAACAUUUCUCUUUACAGUCUUUAAUGGAACAAAAGCCUGACAGCAUGGGCUGAGGGGGGUAUGUGUAGUGUGCUGCAACAAGGUACUUUAACAACAUUCAGUUUCACAACAAAGUUUCAUUUCAGCCUAAAAAAAGAGGAAGAGUGUCUAACAUGGUGUGGUUCUAGUAAGUCAGUUAUAAAGCACACCGUGCUUCCAGGGACUUCCCUGCUAUUUCUUUAUGGUAUGGAGGGUAAGAAACAAAGCACAUGCCAUCUUUGCAGUGUAAAAAGAGUCACCUGGAAGUGAAUUGCUGUACUAAAUUACAUGGGCUUGGAGAAACUUUUAAAUUGACAGAAAGAACAGUACUAUUUUUUCUACGUGGUGAGUUGCUGCAGCUCUUUGAGAAUGCUGUCAGAAGGUUAUCUUUGUGGAAUCCCCUACCUUUGUGAAGACCUCAUGAGUUCUAAGCUCUACAGCAAGCAAGCCCCAGAGGAAACAGUACAUGAAAUGAGCUCCCUGUGCGGCUUUACAUAUGCCUCCGUGGAUGAGACACAGAGCAAAAGCCUCUUUCAGAGGUGGUCUGUUGGCAAGUUAAUUUCCUCAGGCUGCUCAAAAGGAAGCAAAUGCAACAGAAGACAGACAGAUUCUGUAAGGCAAGCCACCCAGAAUUCAUUCGACAGGCAAACUUCUCCAGUUGAGGACAUAUGUGGAGGAUCCAUCAUAGACACUUAUCUUGUCCCUUCUUCUUGUCAAAGCAUUUGCAAAAAUUACAAUGAUUUGCAUAUUGCUGGGGGCCACGUAAUGCCUAUCAGUUCAGUAACAAAGGAUUUUACCUGUGACAGUGGGAUAGGCCCAUUCUUGGAGUCAUCAGAGAUUCCCCCACCCAUAGAAUCCAUGAUGAUGCCAACCAAUGACCUUAGUCGCAAGCCAGUCCAAGGAUAUUCAUCAUGCUGGCGAGUGGCCAGCAUCAUGCAACAUCAGCAGCCCCUCUCCAAUUCAAUGCUGAAUGACUAUUUAGAGCAGAAGGUCAUGGAACUGUACAAACAGUAUAUCAUGGACAGCAUGGUCAACUGUGUCUCUCUCAAUCAGAUCCUAGCCUCGGAGCUCAUCAUGACCAACGUAGAUCAAAUUACCCAGCAGAUAUCACGAGAAAGGAAUAUGGAAACCACCAAGGCCAAAGAUAUGGUCAUUAACUGCUUGUUACGAGUGGCCAGUGGAAAACUAUCCACUGAAAUGAGCACCCCUAGUUUGCAUAUUUCCCAAUAUAGCAACAUCAAUGCAGAAACGGCUGGUGUUAAGAUGGCCUGAAUGCUAGGUUUUAUAUUAUAUCACUUGUCCACUCUACAAGUCAAGUAUUCUUCACCUGCCACUUCAAUUAAACCUUUUUAUAAGUACUAUUACUAAUUUGCAUUGGGGUAGCAUCUAUGAGGAGCCCUCAUCAUGGAUCAGGUUUUCAUCUGGUUGGGCACUUUGCUAACAUCUAACAAAAUGAUGGUGCCUACUCCCUGAGUGAAUCACAGAUAUUAAAGAUAACAAUGAGAAAACUUUUCAAUACUUAUUCAGACUUCAAGGUAUUCUGUUUCUCUACUACUUCUAUUCACCAACCCUUUCUAUGUGCCCCUAACUUCUCUACCCUGCUUAGAAUCAUACAUUCUACCAUAGAUACCAAAGUAAACCCCAUCUUUCUGCCCACCUUUCCCAGGCAUAUCUGGCUUUCUCUGCAGGUCACAGCUAUGAUUAACUGCACUCUCUAGCCCAUAUAUAUUCACCUCAUUGUUAUCUUUCUGUCCCAUCUUUCCAGUUCCCUUUCUCUAUGAUUCAAUCCCAAGGUAUUUUCUGCUCCCAGUGUAUGGGCCUUGUUACACGGUAAAUUUAGUCAGCUUCUGGAGCUCUUAAUCUCUGGACUGGCUACAUGCUAACAGCUUUUAGGUGGCUUAAAGCACUCAUUUUGUGGCUUAAAGUUACACUACUCCAGGGCAGGAAUAGCUCCAAUUCACCUAAUUUUGUUCCUGCUGUAUUACCAUGUGGCCACUUCUGACAGCUGUUCCGCCCAAGUUGAAGUCAUCCAGUAUCCCAGAAUGCAAUGGUCUGCCUGACUCAGGGCAAGCAGGAUGCUGGGGCACGGUGGGGCGGACACAGUGCCUUGCUCCCAGGUAUGUCAGGCAGAGUGAAUGCCACAGCCUCAGAGCACCCAGUGGCCGUCUCCUGCCACCACCCAAACUGGCUCUGCUCUCAUCUGAGCUCCAGCUCUGCUUCCACCUGAGCUCAGAGGGUAGGCGCUGCCUGAACUCUGAAGAAAAAAGGAUUGGGCCCCUUGGAGCUCAGGUGUUGCCCAGCCAGCCAGCAGCCCAGCCAGUGGGAUGCGGGGUGGUAAGUGCUGUCUGAGCUCUGGAGAAAAAUGGAUCAGGUCCCUAGAGUGAGCGAGCUUCAGGGCUGCAGCUGAAACGGACAAUGCCUCAAAACUCUGGUCUUGCUGAACCUGACCGUGGCUCUGCAUUGAGAGUGGGGCCACCAGGCUUAAGCCCUCCCAGGCCUCUUGCAGUGUGCAGCCGCUAUGUCAGUUUCAGAGAGCCCCAGGGAAGCAGUUUCCUCAUGUCUCUCUUGUCUCACAGAAACUGACACAGCAGCUCCGCACUGAGAGUGGAACCACCAGGCCUUGACAGCCUUGCUCUCAGAGACCAGAGAGCCCCAGGAAAGCAGCUCAGUGAGACCAGAGAGCCCUGGGGAAUCAGUGUAGUACUGUAGAGCUGCAGCAGCUCUGCACUGAGAACAGGGCUGCCAGGGCUUAAGCCCAACAGCUCUGCUUUUAGUACAGAGCCACGGUGUCAGUUUCAGUGAGACCAGAGAGCCCCAGAGAAGCUGCUUCCCCAGGUCUCUCUGGUCUCCCUGCAACUGACACAGUGGUGGGCCUGCUCCCUGCCUGGUGGGAGAACUGAGCAGGUCCUGCUUCUAGUCCUGCCCCUGCUCACCAAGCCUCUAGUUGCAAGUCACAGCUGUGCAGGUGCAGGACAGUCAGAGAAGGUUUUUCACCUUACUGUGUGACUGCUCCACUAAGCUGAACAACACUAAGCUUAUUAAUACUUGUUUGGCUUAGAGCAUAAGGUCUAACAAGGACCUAUGUUUGUUCUCUGAACUGAUCUGAACACUUAAAGACAAUAGGGAAAGGUUAAGCAUUUACACUGAAGUAAUAGCAUUCUGUGGUCACAUACAGGCAUCAUACUUGCUGCUUGGGGACUCAAAACCAUGACUUUAAAAACACAGGAUUUUACAACUUGAGCUAAAACAAUCUUCAGUAACUGUCAUAGACAAUACAUUCUUUUGGGGCUAUUUAGUGGAUAUAGAUACAUUUUUACAAAAUAUUAUCUUAUAAAUAUGUUCUUGUUUUCCUAUAUUUUCUUAUUUAAUGGAUAUUUUUAUAAGUGGUUUGAGAAAGUGAGGGGGCAAAUAAUGGUAUUUGUAAAUUACAAUCUAAGAGCAGGACCCAAAGCCCACUGAAGUUACUGGGAGGAAUUCAUCUAACUGCUUGAGGAGUAUAACAUAUCCUGCUCAAUAUGAUCCGUGGUGCACAUAGACAGUAAGCAGUAUUCACUGGUAGGGCCUGUUCUUAUUUCCUCCUAAUUCUAUUGUGCAUUUGUAAUAACUUAUCUUGUUAUGGUCAUUGCCAUAUACAUCUCAGAUCACAUUGCAUGUACUUUUAUAAAAAAGACUCUUGUUUUCAACUUGCACUCAUGUUUUUUAGACUGGGAAGGCACCUACACAGGAGCAGCAAGGCAGCUCCAAUGUGCUGUAAUUACAGCAUGUCAGAGCAGGCUCAAUUAAUCAAGUCUGCUGGUGUGUGGUAAUUACUGUG